AUGUUCUCUUCGUUUUUAGUCUCAAAUCUGGUUUCAGAUCUGGUUUCGGAUCUCGGUUAUGGGCUCGGUGUUGAUCGGAGGGCUGUCGUUUGGGUCAGUCUCAUGGUUUCAUCACUAGGUUCUCCGGUCUGGGCUCUCUGGCCAGGUUCUCCCCUCUGUGCCAUCUGCUUUAGUCGGAGAUAG